AUGGCUAAAAAAACUGAAUUAAAAACAAUUGCUAUUGAUAUCAAACCCUUACUGACUGCUAGAAAUUUAUUAAAAAAUAUAGUAAAAGAUGCCGAAAAUGAAUAUGAACAAAUGGGGGCGGUGCAAGCUUUUGAAAUUUGUUAUGAAUUAGCCUGGAAAACUUUAAAAAAAGUUUUAGCAUCUCAGGGGAUAAAAGAAAUUUAUAGUCCAAAAGAAAUAUUUCGCAAAUCCUAUUUGGAAGGCACUGCCGGAAGAAUUUCUGAUCUUGAUAUUUGCUAUCAAGACCAUAUUUCUAGUUUAGUGCUGGCCGAUAUUCGGGAAGAAUUUACUGAGUCUGAUUUGCCGUUUGAAGUAGAACUGGUCAACUGA